CGCCAUUUUUAAACACUUACGUCAGCUGUGCUGAUCGAUUUUGAUUUUAUUGUCUACAGUAUGGAAUCACAGGUUCACUGGAGUCCAGAAGAAGUGCAAGCGCUUAUUACAGUUUGGGCCGACGAUAACGUACAGCGUGACUUAGAAACGUCCGUCCGUAAUGAGAAAGUGUAUAGAGAAAUCUCCAAGAAGCUGCAGGAGAUGGGCGUUGUGCGCAGUGUCAAACAGUGUCGAGAGAAAAUAAAGAAACUGAAACAAGAGUACAGAAAGAUAAAAGACAGUAAUAAUAAUAACAACGGGAACAGCUUUGAACGCAAAUCCGCCAGCUGGUACAACGCUAUGGAUGCUGUUCUCCGACAAAGAUCAGGAAGUUCAGGCGGCAGUCUGCUGGAUUCGGCUACAGUUUUGGAAGCAAUUACUGGGGACGCGGACAGCUGCAAGUUUACGUUUCUGUGCAAAAUGCAGUCACAGGUACAUUGGACAUCAGACGAAGUCCAGGCACUUCUUGCCGUUUGGGCCGAUGACAAUGUCCAGCGCGAUUUGGAAACUAACGUUCGUAACGAGAAAGUAUACAGAGAAAUAGCAAAGAAGCUGGAAGACAUGGGCAUUAUGCGAACUGUAAAGCAGUGUCGAGAAAAAAUUAAAAAGCUGAAACAAGAGUAUAAAAAAAUUAAAGAGUAUAACAGAAGAAGUGGCACUGAACGCAAAUCUGCCAGCUGGUACAGCGCCAUGGACUCCGUUUUAGGGCAAAGGCAAGUAAGUUCAAACGGGAGCACACUGGAUUCGACUACAGUGUUUGAGUCGAUCAGUGGGGAUACGGAAACAUGUUCAUCUGAGCAGUCUUCAGAAUUAACUCAGUGUCUAGAAGUUGAUUACCCAAGUGAUUCCGAAGUUGCUGUCAUCCGCAUUCCACAAACACCAGAAAGUUCACCAGAGAAAAUGGUCACUCCAGCAAACAGCCAAAAAAAACAUAAAUCGAUUUUAGGAAAAAGGCGAAGGGAUACUGGUUGGCCAGAUAUCUGUGAUGUCUUGCGAGAAGUGGAUCAGAAGAACCAGGAAAUGUUGGGGAAGUUACUGGAUCAGCGGGAGAGACAUCUACAACUGCUCCGGGAAGAUGAAGCCAAGGCUCGAGCAGCCGAGGCUGAGGCACGGGCAGCUCAGACAGCAGAGACGGCGUCUUUUAAUAAUAACUUCAUAGCUGUCCUUGGACAGCUUGUUCAGGUUCUGAGUAGAGGCCGCCAGUAGAAGGACAUAAAGUUUGACUGAUUUUUAUUUUCAAAGUUUUACAUGUCUAAAUUUUUAUAUUUUUCAGACCAGCCUUGUUCUGGAUAUGCUUGUAAUGUUCUGACCAUUAACGUAUAUAGCUUCAGCAUUUUUCUUGCACUUUUACAACCAGUGAUGUGUAUAUAAUUUCAGCUCUUUCCAUGUAUUUUUCAAUUAAUACGUAUAUAUUUUUUUACAAUUUUCUUGCACUGUAUAUCCAUUAUUGUACAUAGAUUCCAUGAUUUUCAUGAACUGCUUAUGAUUAUAGUUUUCUUUUUUGUCCCUUGCUUAGCUUAAUAAAAUUAAGCAAAACAGCAUUAUUAGGAACAUUGUGCACCCCACAGCAUAUAAUCGAGCAGUCAUAUUGAAUAAAACCAUAUUUAUUUGCUACAACUUUAGAAAUUGUGAAAAAUUAAAGCAUCUAAUUGCAGAAAUAAUUUUAAAAAAGGCCUGAGAUGCAACCAACACGUCCUGAUCUGCGCUCAAUAGAUAGUAAGUGGAGCUGAGCAAUGUCACAGCUUCUUAAGAGUCUUCACUGUGGUGUUUUAUACCUCUCUAUUAUAAAAAAAAUCCUGGGAGAGAAAGACGGGAGACGAGACGUGAUCUUCAUGUUAAGAUCAUGGAAAACACUUAAUAGACCCACGAGACGAAAGAGAAUGGCCACGGAGCAUUUUGCGGGGACCUUAAACAUGAGACUUUGUGCCAAGAGAUUGACCCAGGACCGUCUCGUGAUAACAUAGAACAUGUAGAAUAUCAAAUAAGACAACGGGCAGCAAAACAUUCAGUCGUGUAAAGGAUUUGAGCAGACACAGAUCCAGGGCUCUCAGCGCAUAUAAACCUUAU